GCUGGAGCCUGCAGAGCGUUUCUCUACCCGGAUGCUGAGCGCUGCCCACAGUGCAGCCCUGUCGGCGCAGCAGGGGGCGGAAUUAUUUCCGGACCCUUAAGAACAGCUUUCAUCUGCUGCCGACAGGCUCUGAAUCUAAGCCGGGAGAGGAAGCUGGAUUUAAAUGCAUAUCUGCUCAGGCCAAGGUAUGGUGCAGCUGUCACAGUGAACACUCAUCAUUGUUCCUGCUAGAUCGUGACUACCUGCGCGCCAGGAAAGAGGUGGUGACAGACUGAGGUAGAGAGAGAGAGAGGAGCAUCACUGCUGAGAGAGAUGGCCGAGUGCGGCCGGAAGGCGCUGUCCCUGCUGGAAGCGGCCCGCUCCCGGUACGAGAGCCUGCAGAUAUCCGACGAUGUGUUCGGAGAGUCCGGGGAUGACAGCAGCGACAAUCCCUUCUACAGCACCUCCGGAGACUCCGACUCAGACAACUACAUAGCCGAGGCGGCCGAUGAGGAGCGGCACCAUCAUCACCACCACCAUCAUCAUCAUCAGAAACGAGGGGAUAAGGAGUGCGGCCACAGCGGGGGGUCUGGCGGUGGGGGUACCGGCGGAAGCAGCGGUCCACCGGGCUCCCUCACCCGCAGUCAGGCGGAGGAGGAGGGCUGGACGGAGACGCUGCAGGAUGUCACCGUCCCAGCCUACAAGGAGACAUACGGCCCCGCUCAGAAGAUGAUGGCCAAUGCCACAGCUUUGGAUUUCUUCCAACUCUUUGUUCCAGACAACUGCAUCCAAAAUAUGGUCACCCAGACAAACAUGUACGCCAAGAAGUUUCAGGAACGCUUCGGCUCCGAAGAAGGCUGGUGUCCCGUCACGGCCCAGGAGAUGAAGGCAUUCCUGGGCUUCGUCAUCUCCACCAGCGUGCAGCGCUGUGAAUCGGUGCUUAGCAUCUGGAGCUCAGGCUUUUUCAGCAACAGGAGCAUCGCUUUGAAAAUGAGCCAGUCACGCUUUGAGAAGAUCCUGAAGUACUUUCACAUUGUGGCUUUCCGCCCGUCCCAGGGGAGCAAUCAGGGUCUUUACAAGAUCCAGCCGUUCCUGGAUUCGCUGCAGCAGUCAUUCAGCUGCACCUUCAGACCCUCACAGACACAGGUUCUCCAUGAGCCGCUGAUAGACGAGGACCCUGUGUUUAUCACCACCUGUACAGAAAGGGAUCUGAGGAAGAGGAAGAAGAGGAAGUUCAGUCUGUGGGUGCGACAGUGCACCUCCACCGGAUUCAUCUGUCAGAUCUCCGUCCAUCUGAAGGAGGGACAGGGCGCAGAUGGACUGGCUGCCCUGAAGAACAAGCCCCAGCUCCACAGCCUGGUGGCCAAGCAGCUCUGUCAGAACAUCUCUGGAAAGAACACCAUCAUUUUCACGGGGCCGUCCAUCACCAGCCUCGGCCUCUUCACUGAAUUCAGCAAGCAGGAUAUCUACUGCUGUGGCUUACUGAGCACCAGGAAGAGUGACUGUACAGGUUUGCCACAAAGCAUGCUGGUCUGCAGCUCCACGCCAGCGCAGCGCGGCCAGUCACGGGUCAUGAUGAAAGGCAGCAUGUCCCUGAUCAGCUGGUACAAUAAGGGACACUUCAGGUUUCUUACCAAUGCUUAUUCACCAACAAAAGAAGCAGGUAUAAUUAUUAAGAGGAAAAGUGGAGAGAUCCCGUGCCCCCUCGCCGUCGAGGCCUUUGCAGCACACCUCAGUUACAUCUGCAAAUAUGACGACAAGUAUAGCAAAUAUUUUAUCUUCCAUAAGCCCAACAAGACUUGGCAGCAGGUGUUCUGGUUGAGCAUCAGCAUCGCAAUCAACAACGCAUACAUCCUCUACAAGAUGUCUGACGCCUACGCCGUCAAGCGCUACAGCCGGGCGCAGUUCGGAGAAAAACUGGUCAGAGAGCUGCUGGAUCUGGAUGACUGCUCCCCCACGCAGUGAGAAGAAAGAGGAGGAUGAAGAAAUACAAUCUCUCCCACAUGUUUCAUUUCCACUUGGUUGAACAGAACCUCAUGGGUCUGUGUCACUGUGCCAAGCUCCUGUCUCUCUUCCACUAGCUGUUCAUUUUUGCGCCUGUAAAUAUUCACUAAUACACGACUGCACUGUAUACAUUUUUAAGAGCCACCUGAAGCAUUUCCUCUGUCUCAGCUGCCGCUGUUGAUCACAUAUAUCUGUCAGCAGAAACAGAGAUUAAAAGGCACCGACAAAAUGAGUAACAUUUCACUCAUAAAUGAUGUCACCUUAACGUUUUUAGUCAUAAAGAGUUAAACCAAUAAAAAAAAUCUAUAAGGCUGAAUUACAAUAAAAAAAUAUAUCUUUAAAAAAUGUUUAAAAAGAAUCACACCUGGCACCUUGUAACAAAAUCAGUAAACAGAAGACACUGCAUGCAUAAAGAAUGUAGAUUGUGAUGUUUGUGUUAAGUGUGAAAAAGAUUUUUAGCUCCAGGCGAGCUGUGAAAUAAUUGUGUGUUAUGUAAGUAAAAACUGCCAUCUGCGUGUCUGAUGUUGAGCCUGAGGAUUUAAGUGUGUGACACCUGUGACUUAAACGCGUCGUGCCCCGGCACACGACGUUCGCUUAGAGGUGCAUCGUUAAUAAAAAAGGACGCCUCGUGCAGCACUGUGUCUAUCGCAUCCGCAUCACUACUGCUUGCAUUGAAAAAGGUCCAGACAAUAAAGCCAUAAAGUUCCCUCUGAACUUUUUCUUUUUAUAUUCUCUAGCUAUAACAGCAAAAAUAAUUAUUCAUCCAUGCAGUACUUUGCAAAAGUAAUCAUAUUACUAAACUUUUCGAGUUUAUCACAUUUCUUAUAUAAAACAAGUGAUCAAAAAGCAUCUUGGAAAUCAGAAUAGCUGCAGCUUAAGUAUGGCGGUAAAAUGUGAAUUCAUUUUAUAAUUAUAUGCUGAUGCUUGACUCACCUCAGGAUGCUAGAUGCUUAAAACAGUAAAACUAAUGUUAUCACUUAUUGUUAGAUUUUUCGUUUUGGCCAAGAGUUAUCUGACAACUUGAGGGCUGCUCAUAUAGAAUAAAAUUUCCUUUUCCAGAUGACCCUUUACUUCUUUAAUAUAAAAAAGGGAUGAGUUAGUACAAAGUGAUGGCCUAGUGGUUAGAGAGCAGGGCAUUGGGUGCUAAAUGGCUCAAUAUCCAUACAAUGCUUUGCAAAAGUAUUCAUACAACUUGAACUUUUUCCUAGAUUUUCACACAAUUAUUAGAUGGAACUGGUGAUCAAAAGGCAUCUUAAAGACCCUUAAUAAUGCAAUCACAUUGUUAUUGGUGUAAAAAAACACUAUAAUGGCAGCAAAAUGCUGUGUAGAUGUGGACCAAUAGAAUUAAA